UGAAAUGGACGGUGGUGGCUGGUGUGUAUAUACCUAGAAGCCUAUCUGAGGACUGGUUCACUUCAACAGCCGUAUUAGGCCUUCGGGGAUCUCGCCGUUUAAACAUUUCACAGCCCCCGCAUCCAUCUCACAUUCAACUUAUUACAACACAUGGUAAAUGAGGUCGAAAUGAGCAGCAAGCAGAAAGCCAGUGACGAAUACGAGCAGCACGAGCGCUGGGCAAAGAAUUUUGUUCGGACAUUCUACGAGCGAGAUGGCGGCAAAGCGUAUCUGGAUGAGCUGAAGGCUCGUGGUAGAACAGAUUGGGACGUGCUCAGGGAAAAUCAUCGAUUUCUACGGCAAGACGAUGUGGCAGGCGCGGAUCUGACCCAAGUCAACGUGAAGCCCAACAGCAGUAACCUUCCUUACGAGGAGUUGGUGGCGCUUAAAUACUACAACCAACUUUACAAAGAGUACGCCGUGAUUGAUCUGAAACACUUCAAGUCAGGCAAUGUCGCCCUCCGCUGGCGAACAGAGGACGAGCUGAUUGACGGCAUUGGGCAAUUCACGUGCGGCGGGAUCCGAUGCAAACACCACAAGCGCCUGCCGUCUAUCGGCGCCGAGUCACAAGACCAACCUGCGCUCACCACGUAUCAGCUCGAUUUCACGUAUCUAGAAGCGACAGACGGCGCAUCAUCCACGCAACUGUCCCUCAGCGAGCUAGUUCAAAAGCAGGCCCUUGUCAAAGUGGUGUUGUGUCCAAGGUGUAGCAAAAGGCUCAGUUGGAAGCGCGAACGGGACAAAGAGAAGCAGAGACAGAACGAAAGACAAUGUUCAACAUCACCCAUGGAAAAGGCUCAUGAGAGCAGGCACAGUCACAAGGCCCCGCAGAAACGGCAGGGUUCGCGACAGCCCCGAAUCCAGCGGGAUCGAGGAAGAUCGUAUCGCACAGUCAGCGCACGGUCACGCUCGCGCUCUCCGGUACGGUAAAAGGGCAGGCAGCAGAAUGAACGCAUGAGGGUGUGCAGUCGACAUGGUAUUGAAUGUCUUUGCUUCCGAUUAGCCGUAGGGCUUAUAUCGUUUCUUGCCAGAGCCCGCUAGAAGGCUGCCCCGAUCCCUGCCUCCUUCGGUCACAGAGCCGGAGCCUACGAUGGCAUCGGGGGCGGCGAUCGGUGCGGCUGUCAGCCUCCCGGCCUCGUCCCUUGCAAUUUCACUUCCAUCGAGUGACCAGAUGCAAAUUCUGCCGUCCUCCCCACCAGUUGUGAUGGUUCGAGUGGACACAUCGAAGUCAACACAUCGUACAAUGUCGCUAUGCGCCAUACCGGAACAAACUUCGCUGCUCUUGGGCAGCAGGCCAAGAAGACUCCAUACGGGCGGUAUGGCAGUUGGUGAAGACGGAGAUGCGAUGUGGAUGAUAGCGGCUCCGCC